AUGUUUAAUGGAGGAAAUAAUCCAUUGGAAAGAGGAUAUAUUUUAUCAACAACACCAUCACCUGGAUAUUCUUACCCACCACCUCAGAUGGGAUAUGUAGGUGGACAGCAACCUCCAGUAUCUUAUCAUACAGCUCCAGCUAUUCUUUCUCCAAUUUAUUAUCUUCCAUCAUUGAGUCCACCUCUUCAACAACAAUCUUUUAACCUAGGAACAUCAACCAUAACUAAUAAUUAUAAUAAUUUAGCAUCUAAUUUACCAACUUCAAAUGAUACUAGGACAUCUUCACCUAAUUCUAUUCCAGGUAUUGAGGGAAAUCCUACCACUACUACUCCUCUACCAACAAAAGAGAAUGACUUUAUUAAUUCAAAUAAAACAUCAAUAGAUGUUGAUAAAAAGGUGCAACCACCAAUAGAUGAAACCUCAAGUACACUACUAUUGACAGAUCGUUUUGCCGUGAAACUUGAACCAAACAAGUAUAUUCAUGGUAUUCCAGCAACAAAAUGGUAUACAUUAUCUGAUCAAGAAAGAGAAGAAGUCCUCCGUAAUCAACGUCGUAUAACAUCUUAUAAAACAGCAUUAUGUGUAACAUUUCGGGUAAAAGGAACCUGUUCAUUUGGAGAUAAUUGUCGUUUUGCUCAUAGUUUAGAGGAACUAAAACCACCACCUGUUAGGCAUCCAAAAUAUAAAACACAAUUGUGUGAUAAAUUUUCUGUUACCGGUAUCUGUCCAUAUGGAUCUAGGUGUAAUUUUAUUCAUGCUACUAAAAAUGGGGAAAUUGUUUCUGAUUAUCGGGGAUAUUUAGCAUCUAAAGAAAAUAAUGGCCACAAUUAUUGUGAUGAGGAUAGUGAUAGUGAUGAUGAGAAUGGAAGAUCUUUUGCUUUUUCAAUGAAUUCUCUACCAAAGAAAUAUCAUCCUAUAAGAAAAGAAAAUAUUGAAUUUAAUAAUUGUAGUAAGAUAUUAAAUGAUAAUAAUAAACCUCAACAGGUUAUAAAUUUUUCAAAAUCAUUUGGUGCACCUGUAAUAAGGACAUUAUUUGAAAAAGAAAAACAUACGAUAAAUAAUUGUUAUGAUAAUACUAAAAAUGGUAUUGAAAAUUUACCUAAAGCUCCAUCACCUCCAUAUAAUAAUAGUUGUAGUAUAAAUGAAAUAGAAAAGAAGAAGGAUAAUGAUAUAGGAAAUGAUAUUCUCAAAAGAUUAUUUGCUGAAUGUAAUAAUUAUGAAAAAAAUAAAAAUAUUGAUGAAAAAAAAAUUGAGGAAGAGGCGAAUGAAGUCAAUAAUCCUUCAGGAUCUCAUUCUUAUAAUAGUAGUUUUUGGAAAAAACAUUCAUUCUAUAGUAAGAAUACUGGAUUUUAUUCACAAUCAAAACUUCCUACAUUCCUUAAAUUUAACAAUGGCUAG